AUGACGCAACACAGUGCAGCAGGCGAAGUGCUGGCGCCCAAGUCGCACAAGCUUGAGUUUGGCGGACUUUGGGGAGCGCUGUUCAUUUCCACAACUGUCCCACUGACGAUCUAUUAUUUCACAUUUGCUUGCGAUGACAACAUUGGGUGUGCGCUUUCCCUGCCAGUCACGAAUACGGACGCCUUUUUUGCAAAUGCAAAGCGUCAGUUUAUUGAAAGCUUUACGGAUACCACUGCAUGGUGCCUAUACUUUGGAUGGUAUGUGUACUGUGUAUUGGCAUGGCUGGUCCUACCCGGGAAAUGGCUCGAAGGGCUCGCUCUCCGCACCGGUAACCGCUUGCAAUACAAGAUAAAUGCGCUCUCUACAGGAAUGAUUGCACUAGGUUCAGUGUCACUGUAUGUGGCUGUGUAUGGGCCUGCCGCAUUCACCUUUGCGUACGAUCAUUGGCCCGGUUUGGUCACGGCUGCACUUGUAAACGCAUUUGUACAAGCAUGCUACGUUUACUUUGCUUCUUUUUGUGGGAACAAGCUUCUUGCACUGGGAGGUAAUAGCGGUAAUGUGUUGUUUGAUUGGUUUAUUGGCCGGGAAUUGAACCCGCGCGUUGGUUCAUUUGACAUCAAGACGUUCAACGAGCUCCGUCCAGGCCUCAUUCUUUGGGUCAUUAUGGAUAUCAGCUGUGUUUGCAAGCAAUACACUUUGUAUGGACAUGUAUCGUAUGGCAUUCUACUUGUGCUGUUCUUCCAUACUUGGUAUGUCGUGGACUCCCUCGCGCAUGAGCCGACUAUCUUAUCUCAAAUGGAUAUCACGACGGACGGAUUUGGGUUCAUGCUGAGUGUCGGUGACCUUGCAUGGGUACCCUUUACGUACAGCUUGCAAGCGCGCUAUUUGGCAUUCACCCCGGUGCAUCUCGGUGUAUUUGGUGUGCUUGCUAUCCUCACCUUGCAGGUGACCGGUUUUUACAUAUUUCGCACCGCAAAUGUCGAAAAGAAUGAUUUCCGUUCGGGGCGCAACCCAAAGAGUCCGUAUGCCACACAAUGCUGA